CGUCACUCGCCGAUGCAGUAUAUGAAUGACCGUUGAUUAUAGAAUAAAAGAAAACUUUCAGGUACAUGAGUGGAGGAAGAUGUCUCCUGUGUACACAAUUAAUUGUAGGAGGUGCCAAUAUACAAGUUGAUAAUGUUUUUAUUAAUAAAUCUUGAAAAUGAGCACAGCAAAGAUGGUGGCAGAUUCCACAGUGCCUUCAGACCUUCCAUCAGAGGGGCAAAGGGGGCGAAACUCUUCUGAAAGGAAGCGAAGUAAAAAGCAAAAGAAAAGUAUUUCUAAGGAAGGAACCAAAAAUGUGACAUCAGAGGAUUCAGACUCAGACUUGGACCUGUCUAAGGAUUUGUUCUCCAUUGGUGGUUACAUCAAGGACCGUCCUGAGAUGAUAGAGCAGAUGUUCCGAGCAGUCCGGGGCCCAAGUCUUAGGCGGGCACUACCUGACAUACUUCUGCAUUUAUCACUGGAUGACCUGAAGCAGAAAUGUCUGGAGCAGCUGGAGAUCAUGUCACGGAAGAGGAUACUCCGAAUCUUGGAUGGUCUUACUUGGGACUGGAGUACCACUUUAAGUUUUGACACAUCCACUUUUGAGAUAACAGUGAUAUUCCAGCAGAAAUCUCUAGUUCUGGUUACUGAAGAUAGUUCAGGAGAAGAUAUGGGAGGCGAUGAUGAUGCAGAACCAAAUAGCAGUGCAUCAUCAGAACAAGAUCAGGCAGAAGAGGAAAACAUAGAAGAUGCUGAAGAGGCCAAUGAUAGUGAAGAUGGUAGUGAUGAGGAGGAAGAGUACGAAGAAGCCAGUGAAGAAGGGAUGGAUGAUGAGGCUGAAGAAGAAGAAGAAGAAGAAGAAAUGGACCAAGCUGAAAGUGGAGGUGAAGGCGAAGGAUGUAUUGAAGAAGAUGAGGUUGUGAAUGAAGUGGAAAUGGUGGAGGCUGGAGGGGAAAGUCCUACCUCAGAAAACUGUGAGGAAGGAGCUGCAGAUGAAUCACAAUGUUUGGCUGGCAGCAGUGAGGCAAAGGAAUCACCAGAACCUUCUAUGGAAACUUUUGAGGAGAAAAGUCAACGGGCUCCAGCCUUAACCAAAGAACAAAUGGAAAUUCUGGAGCUUGAAAUGAGAGCUCGAGCAAUUAAAGCAAUGUUGAACAAACAUCCUAAGACUUUGAUACCAAUGUUGCCCAGUAACAAUACCAAGGCGGUGCAAAAGAUUGGUGAAACAGGAAAGUAUGACCUGAGCCAAGAUGUGGAAGGUGAUACAAGAACAUGUAAGUCUUCCAAGGCACAGAAGGAGAGAAGCUCCAAAAAAAAGGCAAGAAUUCCUUCCACAUGUGAUGCCUCUGUACAGCGCAAAGGCAAGACUGCUAAAAGGUCAAAAAGGAAAUCAGCAGAUUCAUACGAUUCCAUUUCAUUGUCACAAGAAACUCCUACAUGUAGUCAUGAACCUGGUGAUUGUAAUGUUGAGCAUGAUGAAGACUCAAAUUCUACUGCCAAUGCCGAUCAUUUGACAGUUGAGGUUGAGCCAGAAGAUGGCGAAGUUGCCUUUGAAGGAGAGGUAAAUGAUGAUGAAGAGAACUCUAACCAAGCUGCCUUGGCAGAAAAAGAGGAAUCAGAAAAUACUGUGGAUUCUUCCACAGUUGCAUAGUGACUUCAAAAUGAUGAUCUAUAUAGAAGUCAGGGUUUUACAUAUGGAUAUAUUGUUUUUAUUCUUCCAACAGGGACUUGUCAGAUUGCCCGGCAACAGGACCUUGAUGUUCUGUAAUUGAUGUCAAAAGUUCCUUUCCCAGCCCUUCAUGAUGAUCUCAUGAUACAUAAAUACAUGUACAGUAUGCCAUUAAAGUAGAAACUGAUA